GAUUGGCUUGUUGUGCUGGGAGGGCGCUUUUUGAGCGCGGCCGCUUCACACCUCGCAGCCCGGCCAGCCACUUCGAGUUCGCACUUACUGUUCCUGUCCCACCGAAGAUGUCGGACAAGGUCAGCAAGAAGGUCGCUGAGCUUGCGCCGGAUGGCUUGCAACCGGGACAAUUUCUGCCUGCAGAGGCCGUGGAAGAGUGGCAGCCUGCGGUGCUGGUGGAGGGCUCUUUGCAGCUCAACGUGAGGAUCUCGGAGCAGGAUCCCCUGCCAGCUGCGGCUGUCAUGGAGUUGCUCAAG